UUCGCUCGUCAGUUCUAGCAGCGCCGCAUGAAGUCGAACAAGCCUAUUGUACCGCUGCUUUGACCGUCUGUUUACCAGUGUACCCUUCCUGCAGUGAGACGCAAAAACGCAGUUUGGAACUGGUAAGAUCCUGGAAAGACCUCCUGACGGACAAAUAUCGUUUACCUGAGAUGGCACUAUCUGGGUGGAUCUGUGUGGUGACUGGUGCGUCCAGAGGAAUUGGAAGAGGUAUUGCUCUUCAGUUAUCUGAGGCUGGUGCCACCGUGUACAUUACUGGUCGACAGGACAAGACUCUAAAGGAGACAGCAGCUGAGGUGACGCAGCGAGGUGGCAAAUGUCUGCCAGUAGUCUGUGACUCAUCUAAAGAGGAUGACAUCAAGGAGCUGUUUGAACGUGUCCAGCGUGAGCAAAAUGGCAGGCUUGAUAUCUUGGUGAAUAACGCUUAUGCUGGUGUACAGGCCAUUUUUGAAAACACAGGAAAGAAGUUCUGGGAGGUGGAUCCAGGUAUUUGGGAUACCAUCAACAACACAGGUCUUAGGGGUCACUAUUUCUGCUCUGUGUAUGCUGCAAGAAUGAUGGUGGCUCAAGGCAGUGGCUUGAUUGUGGUUAUAUCAUCCAUGGGUGGUCUACGUUAUGUCUUUAAUGUAGCCUAUGGGGUCGGCAAGGCUGCAUGUGACAGACUGGCAGCAGAUACAGCAAUAGAGCUGAGAAAGAGAGGUGUCGCUUCUAUAAGCCUUUGGCCAGGAGCGGUUCAGACCGAGUUAGUUACCCAAAUGUUAUCUCAGAGUGAGACGACAUCUGGUAUUGACCCAAAAAUUAAGGACAUUUUUGCUAACGGAGAGACCACAGAGCUUAGUGGGAAGUGCAUUGUUGAGCUCGCCAAAGAUAAGAAUCUCAUGUCAAUGACUGGGAAAGUGCUGAUGACCUGUGACCUGGCUCGGUGCUAUGGGUUAGAGGAUGUUGAUGGCCGCAGUAUAGUGGACUACACCUCUCUGAAGUACAUUAUUUCACAAGUACCCUAUGUGUCCUGGCUCUCCAUAAUCACACCUUCAUUCAUCAGAGUGCCUCGCUUCAUGUUGAAUCUUGCUAGCGGCAAAUUCUGACAUGCCUCAGUGCAGAGACGGUGCCUACUUCCAAAAGAAGAUUUGUUUAAGGAUGGAUUAAGCCAACAAUUAAAGUUGACCCCAUUAACUUAA